CCACUGCGCCACCGCUCCGAUACAACUCACACACAACUCACGUGCACAGCUGACGCGCGCACAGACGGACUCGCACACUCACAAUAACACACCGCAACACCGCCCCGCCCCCGCCCCCCCGCCGCUUAUAAACGCGCAGCGCUCCACUCGCAACCUCCAUCAGUGAGCAGAGAGCGGAGCCAAAGGCGGAGAGGAGAGCGGAGUGAUAGAGGAGAGAGAGAGAGCGGAGUGAUAGAGAGCGAAGUGAUUGUGGAGAGAGAGAGCGGAGUGAUAGAGAGCGGAGGGAGCCACUGGAGACGAGAAGACGAUGCGACUCUCCUGUCGGUCUCACGGGCGCAUGUAUUAACAACAGGGCUGCCGCAAGGGAGCAGCCGAGUCGAGACGGCGCUGACGGACAGGUGGCAGCGAGCACGUGGGCGACGAGGGCGGGGAAGUAUGGUCAAGCAGCCUGAAGCUCCUUCAGCUCUUGGAGAACCGUUGCCCUAUCUUCGCUGCGAGAGUGUCACCCGUUGAACGUCCCAAGCUGCACUUUCCGCUUGGCCUGCCUGCUGCGUCGCUCUGCUGUCAUCUGGCUCGCGCAGCGUCCCAGCUGUUUAGCACCCCCCUUUUUUUUCCGCUGACCUUCUUGCCGAGAACGGACGGCCUCGCGUUCCGGAGGGAUUUCCGCGCGUGGCCCCACGCGAUCCUCGGCGGAUCGCGUUAGCCGCGGCCGUUCUGAAGCGUCCGAACGUUUGGCGAACCUCUCUCGCGUGCGUUCGGGCACAUUUCUCUGCGGCGAAUCGGCAGGAGGUAAACCGACGGGCAAGGCACCGACAGAACCAAGUCGGGCUCCCCUGAAGCGUGACCUGGCUGGCCUGCGGAGUACAAAUAAUGCUCCUGUAGGCAUCGGUUGAGCCAUCUGGGCCAUGCGCUCAGCCGCCCUCCUGGUUCUCUGUCUGCUGAUGGCUAAGUGGGACGCGCCUUGGGCUGAGCGGUGCCUUCUGGGCGAGGGAGGCAACGGGCCGGACGAGACGGAUCGCCGCCCCGUCGCGCACGAGUCCGUCCUCGUGCGCGCGCCACGCUUCCACGACUCCGGUGCGAGCGCCCGCCUGCACGUGCGCGCGUUCGGCCGCGAGAUGACGCUUCGUUUGCGCCGUGAGACGGCCUUCCUGGCGCCGAACUUCCGCGUGGAGACGGCUCCUCCUCGACCCGGCGAUCGGCCCCGGCUGCGGCUCCAAGGCGCGGAGCGCUGGCUGAGAAAGUGCUUCUACUCCGGCGCGGUGGUGGUGGCGACGCAGCCCGGGAACGGGAGCUACUUUUCGUCGCCAUCGCCUGAAGCGCGUGACGCGUCCUCGCGGAAGGAUUAUCUCUCGUUGGCAAGGGAUUACGUUUCUCGUUGGUUCGACUACCUCUUGCCCGGCUCGCCAUCCACCGACUCCGCUUCGUCCGGUGAACGGGACCGCUUUGCUCCGCCACCGCCGCCACCGCCGCCGCCGUCUUCUUCUGCCUCGCUCAGCCUGUGCGGAGGGAUGCUGGGCGCGUUCCGCGUCGGAGACGAGGAUUUCACCAUCAAGCCGCGGUACCGCCUCGCCGGCAGGAGGACGCGGCGACGGCGGAGCGACGCGGCGUGGCCGGCCGCCAGCCGCGCCGAACGCGAGCACGUGGUGACGCGCGUCGUCGGCGUCGCCGCGGGGAAGCCGACCGCCGGCCGUCGCGCGCGACGCUCGGCGCCCGGCCGGAACGACCCAAGGGACGACGGCGGCGACGGGGAGGGCGUGGACUGGGCCGAGGUGCGCACGCGCCGCCUGGACGCGCUGCUCGUGUGCGACGCGGGGGUGGCGCGAGCGCACCGCGGCGACGCGCACGCGCACGAGGUGGCGCACUACGCGCUGGCGCUGGCGCACGCGGCCCGCGCGCUCCUGGCCCACGCCACCACCCGCCAGCGCGUGCACCUCGCCGUCUCGCGCGUCGUGGUGUUGGAGGAGGGUGACGAGCUCGGCGGGGAGGCGGCGGUGCCGCCGCGGAGUCACGGGGGGUCGUCGUCCCCGCGGCCCAAGGAAGCCGAAGGAGGCCGUUUUGAAGUCACCGCAGGUCGCGGGAAGGAAGCCGCGGGUCACUGGGAGGACGCGAGAGCUCGUGAGGAAGUCAUUAAAAGUCAAGUGGCGGACGAUGGCUUGCCAAGAGGCGGCAAGGUUGCUCCUGCGAGACCCGGUCUUCCGAUGGACCGUGGAAUGACCGUGAAGGGAAAAACCUCGGGCGAUCUUGCCAUGGACAGGAAGUUGCCGACUGGUGGCACCCUGAGCGACCACAAGAAACCUCGAGUGGUCAAUGCAGGUGCUGGAGACAGCAGCCAACGGGGAGUUGAGCACGUGGCAGAGAGUGCUAGGUUGUCAAGUGCCAGUUUGGGUGGCAAUCCAUCUGAUGGAUACGCUAAGGCGAGCAGUGAGCAGGACAGAAAGGUCCAUUCCAGGGGUAUAAGUUUGGCAGAUGGUGCGACUGUGCCCGGUGAAAGGGGCUCACUGCACAGGAAUGGCCCACACACAGACGGAAGCUCAGAGACAACUCGGAGCUCACGUGGCACAGGAUAUUUUGAGGACUCGCCCACAAAUGGACGGCUGUUCAAUGGCAAAGCAGCAAUGGGGGGGAACUCGUCUCCAGACGUUCAGGCGUGGCUACAUUACAAGCACUCGCAACGGACUCCAGCCACCGCGAGGGCGAACUUGGAAGGAGGCGGCGUGCGGGACAGAAAUGCGUCGAGUGAGAGCGAAUCUCCCAGGGACGGGGGACAACCAGUGGUAGCCACGAGAGACAACUCUACAGCGGGGAGUAAAGGGGCGAACAAAUAUUUAGCGAACGGUAAUUGGCGCGGUGCAUCUCCAACGGUGGUAAAAUUGGCAAAGCGUAAUGAAACUGGCGGCGUGUCAAUGGGGAGUUUUAAAACUGAGGGCAACUUUGCAAUCAAGGGUAAGUCAUCAAUCGAUGGUAAAUCAUCAUUAGAUGGCAUCUCAGAUGGUAAUCCAUCAACAGAUGGUAAAUCAUCACUGGAAAGUAAAUCCAAUCGUAAAUCAUCAAUGGAUGGUAAAUUAGAUGGUUUAUCUUCAAUAGAUGGUAAAUUGCUAUUGCUUAGUAAAUCCGAAGAUAAAUCAAUGGACAAAAAAACCUAUGGCCAACCAUCAGUGAAUAGUAGCGUGUUAGUUCACAGUAAACCUUCGUCGAAUUGCGAAGCAAACGGUACCUCUGCAGCAGGCAGCAAAUCGGAUGAUUUGCCCUCCGUACUGAUAGCUGGGAAAUUGUUAAUUCACGAGCAAUCAAAUGCAAAGUCAGUAGAUAGCAAAUCUGCAAUGGGUGGCAAAUUUGAUUGUAAAUCUGAUAGUAAAUCGCAGGCAAAGGGACAUUUGGAAGACACACAACAAAAAGAUGGAACAUUUGGUAGCACAUCACCACUGCAUGGUAAAUCAGAUGUUAAAUCCCAAAAAGAGGGUGAUCUAUGGGUUAAAACGGACCAGGAACUGCCAAAAGAUGGAAAUUUACAUGGACAACUGCCAUUCGGUGACAAACCUUACAAUAAAUCACAACUGGGCGAUAACUCCGAAGGUAAACCUAUUGCCGAUUUGUCACCGGAUGGUAAGAGUGAAGGUGAACCAGGUUGUUUGUCACUGUUGGGCAAGACAUUCAAUUGUGAGUUGCGAGCGGGCGCCAAAUCGGACGCUGGGCCGCGUCCCGACAGUGAAGCAGGCAGCAAAUCAGACAGUGAAUCAAGCACAAAACUCUCGGCUUUGCUCAAAGCAGAUGGUAAAUUUGACAAUAAAUCAACUGCCACGUCAGACGGAAAGCCACAGCCUUUGUUUAAAUUUGCCGGCAAAACAGAUGGCAAAGCAGAUGGAAAGUUGGAGAGUAAACUACCACCUGUUGGUAAAUCGGAUGGUAAAACCAAUGGCAGACUGUCAGCUAAUUGUAAAGCAGAUGGGAAUUCAGAGUGCAGAUCGGACAGUAAAAUUCCACCUUCAAUUGUACCGGAUAAGCAAGUGCAUGGUCAAGCGGAGAGUAAACCUCCACCUAAGGGUGAACCAGGUGUUAAAACCGGCGGUAAGGUAAUACAUAAGUGGCCACUGUUUGGUACGUUUGAGGGUAAAUCUGAUCGUAAAUUGAAUGAAAAUUCAGAGGGUAAAAUAGACGCUGAAUUUGAUAGGGUACCAAUCAUUAAAUCUUACAACAAAUCUGAAAACAGUAAAUCUGUUCAUAAAUUAGACAGCAAAUCAGAUGGUAAAUCUGAUGAUAAUUCAGGCAGUAAAUUAGAUGACAAAUCAGCUGGAAAAUCCGAGAGUAAAGCGGAAGGUAAAGUAGCCGCUAAAUCAGACAUUAAACUUGAAGGCAAAUCACAGACUAAAGCAGAUGAUAAUGUCAACAGUAGACCACUUGUUGAUAUAUCAGCCGGUAAAGCAGAGCGUAAAUUAAACAGUACACUCACGCCUUUUGGUUCGUCUGCCGGUAAAGUGCACAACAACUCGGGAAGCGCUAAAUCCGAUGAGAGCAAAGCGGUCGAUAAAUCGGGCAGUACAGUUGCCUCCAAGUCAGACCACAAACCGCACGGUAAACCGGGAGGUCAAUCGGAUGGCAACGCUCCUGCUGAUAAAUCUGCCGGCAGAACCGAGCGCAGAGUGACGAGCACAGCGACUCCGUCCGUCAAAUCGGACCGUAAAUCCGAAUCGCACGACAAACCGCACGGCGAGCCCGGCGGCAAAUCUGGCGACGGAAAAUCUGGCGACGCAAAACCGGGCGAGAAGCACGAUGGGGCCAACAGCACGUCCCCCCAUGCCGGCAGGGGCCGGAGCGAGCCGGCGGCCAACGACACGAGGGGCCGCGUGGCCCCCGCGCCGCUGGUGGCGGCCCCUGCGGUGCCCGCAUCACGCGGCGACGCCGCCGCCACGCUCAGGAGCUUCUGCGCAUGGCAGAGGCGCGAGAUGCGAGGCGGCGCCGGUCCCGCGCACCACGUGGCCGUGCUGCUCACGCGACAGGAGCUGUGCGGAGCGCACAGCUGCCACACGCUGGGCAUGGCGGACGUGGGCACCGUGUGCGACCCCCAGCGGAGCUGUGCAGUCAUCCGGGACCACGGCAUGACGGCCGCCUACACAAUGGCGCACGAGAUCGGGCACAUCCUGGGCCUCCCGCAUGACGAGUCGAAGGCCUGCAGUGAGAUCCUCAAGGGGACAAACCACGCACAGCCGCCUCACCAGGACACCAGCGGACGUCCUCGCGCUCACAUCAUGUCGGCGACGCUGGCGCACGUGGACCCAGCGCGGCCCUGGUCUCCGUGCAGUGCGGCGCUGCUCGAUGACAUCUUCCACUCGGGGGGAGCCGACUGCCUCCUCUCUGCCCCCGCGGCUCCGCCACUCUCGACGGGCCACCAGGCGGAGCCGACGCCCUUCACCCCCGGGGCGCGCUAUCCCGCGAGCGUGCAGUGCCGCCUGGCGUUCGGCCCCGGCGCCCGCGUGUGCGCCCACACGGCUCCGUGCGCCAAGCUGUGGUGCGCGGUGCCGGGCGCCACGCUGGAGUCCGGCACCGGCGGCGCCCGGCACCGCGGCAAGGUGUGCGUGACGCGCCACCUUCCCUGGGCGCAGGGGACGGCGUGCGGGCACGGGCGGUGGUGCUCGCACGGUGUCUGCACUUCGGCGGAGCAGCGCGCCUCGGAUGUGGACGGAGGCUGGGGCGGGUGGGGCCCGUGGGGUCCCUGCUCGCGCUCUUGCGGCGGCGGGGCCCAGGUGUCUCCGCGCGCGUGCGACUCCCCGGCUCCGCGUGGCCAUGGCGCCUACUGCGGCGGCGCGCGUGUGCGCUAUCGCUCGUGCCACGCUCGGGCCUGCCAGCUCGCCACAGGCCUGUCGUUCAGGGAGGAGCAGUGUGCGCAGCACAACAGCGCGAGUGCCAAGGGCGCGCCCGAACCGCCGGGCCCGCCGGGCGCGCGGGCAUCGCGCCCCGUGCUCUGGGUGCCAAAGGUGUCGGGCGUGGCGCUGGCCGACCGCUGCAAGCUGCUCUGCCGUGCUAACGGCACCGCCUACUAUUACAUGUUUGCGCGCAGGGUGGUGGACGGCACGGCGUGCGGAGCGGAGCCGGGCGGCGGGGUGUGCGUGGAGGGGCAGUGCGUGCCCACGGGGUGUGAUGGCACCCUGGGCUCGCGCGCCGCGCGGGACCGCUGCGGUGUGUGCCGCGGGGACGGCUCCUCGUGCACGCUCGUCAGCGGCGUCUUCACCCGGCCCAAGCGUUUCGGCUACAACCACGUGGUUACCAUCCCGGCCGGUUCGGCGCGGAUUCACGUGACGCAAAUGUCGUCGCCUCCGUCGCCAUCGGCACCCUCCACUCCGCCGUUGCUGCCGCCGUCAUCGCCCCCCGACACCGCGUACCUGGCGGUGCGUGGGGCGGACGGACGCUACCUUCUAAACGGGCAGCUCGUCGUGACGCCGGGCAGCCGAGACAUCCGCCUGCUGCCCGCUGCUGCUGCUGCCCAGCGGACGGACAGCGCGGGUCGGAGCAGACGGGGAGCGGCGGGUGCGGGCCCAGCAAGAGAGAGCGUGAUGCUGUACAGCGGCGCGUUCUCCAAUCCCGAGACGUUGAGGGCGCUGCUGCCGAUUCCCGAGGCCCUGUCGCUGGAGGUACUCUGUGCGGGCAGCGGGGGCAAGAGCAAGCUGCCCCCCGUGUGGCUCAAAUACUCGUACGCUGCGCGCAGGACUGGGCAGUCAGACACGGGCAGAGGGCAGCAGCAGAGAGUCAAUAACCAGCAGGGAGAGAGUAAAGAGCGCGAGGAGAGAGGAGGCAUGGUGCAGCAAGACGGAGGAAACCAGAAGGGGCAAGAAAGACACAUUAAGGGGCAGCAGGCAAAACACCGAGUGCAGCAGGAAAAACAUGAUCAAAAGCAGCCGGGAGAAAAUAUCAAGAGGCAGAAGGGGAAGGGUAAGGGUCCGCAUUCGCAGAGGCCGCAGGAUAAAGUGGUGGCUCGGAGUUCCAAAAGUGGAGACCAACUUGACGGGCAACACAGGCCGGGCGUGCAACUCAAGCCCGUCGGUAGAGAGGCUCACGUUGACUCCAGAUCGGAGGGGCGGCAGUUGAAAGGACAUAAAAGUGCAUCGCAGCAGGUCAAAGGUCGACAAGGGAACGGUAACUGGAAAACACAUCCCACCAAAAGCCAGCAUAAAGGGAGCGCGGUGUCCUCAAAAGGACAGCUGAAUAAAGGGCAGCAAGGGAAAGGUCAAGGAGACGGCAGACAACAUCUCAGCACAGGGGAGAGGAGCAAAGCAUGAUCACGAUAAUGAAGGUGUGAACGAAGUUGGUGUAGAUGAUGGUGAAUAUAAGUGAAUGAUGUAAAGAUGAUAACAUCCAUGAUCCAGACGACAAGGUAACUCAGAUGAUGGUGGUGAUGAUGGUUGGCAGGAUGAUGAAGUUGACAAUCACGAGGUGUGUGGUCGUGAUGUCAACAUUGACAGUGAUUUACUGUGAAAUUGUCAAUGCGACUGCAAUGUAGGCUUCAUGUCAGAAACUGAAAAAAACAGUAUCUUUUAAUUGCUCAUUUCACUGUGGAUACAUUUUGCACUGGGCAUAAGGUUCCGUUUCUUAUUUGGUUCAGUAACUUCCGCAUGGCAUCGCUCCAAAAAUCUGUGAUGUACUGUACAAUGAACAUUAAAUAUCCUUUCAUCAUUAGACCUCCUUUGCCAGUACCAAAAUGUAAUAAUAGGGUUUUUCCCCUUUUUUCUGGACAAUGCAUAUUAUCACAGUAUGUUUUUUGUUUGCAUUUUGACUGCAGGUAUUGUGGUUAAUGCGGACAUGAAUCCUUGUAAAAAAGGUUUCAGUUUUGUUGCCAGAAAAAAGGGGAAAAACCUAUUAUAAUAUUAUUAAAUAUCCUUAUUCCGGUGUUUCUUACAGAGGGCGUUUUUUCCCAGUAUCGUAUGUCAUAUCACAUGUUUGAGAAUUACCAAUGAAAACAUGUUGAGAAUUGAUAACUAUCCUUGCAUAUCCAAAUGAAACAUAGCUAUUCAUACCUACAUAUCUUUGGGUAUCCAGGUUUUCCUUGGAAAAGUUAUUGUACUCAGGAUCUCCCUGAUUUAAUAAAGUACUGUGUAUCUAAUUGAA